GCGACUGCCUAAAGUGCAGCCUGGGACUCUUUCCCUAAGAAAUGUAGCACGGGACAGACCGCAGGCUAAAGCCGAGAGCUAUGAGGGCAGCAGGGAGGUGUCAGAUGAAAUUUUUCAGGGUACCGGGGACUUCUGCACAGUGUGGGCUCUCUUGACAAAGUGGAUUUUAUGGAAACAUUUUUUACAUUGAGAUUGGAACAAAGGCAGUGCCAACAUGAAUCCCAGAGCCCCUGCUCCCAAGACCCGAGGUGAUAACUAUUUGAGCAUAAAGGACUCUGAAUCCCUUGACACCUACAUUCAGAACACACUCUCUGCACUGUAUCCUCCCUUUGAGGCAACAGCUGCCACUGUCCUGUGGCAGCUUUUCACUAUUGUUGAAAAGCUGUAUGGAGGAGAUGGUCUGCGUUGCCUGAUUGAUUUCCUUGUUCCUGCCAAGAGGAUCUUACAGUGCAUUCAGCAAGAAACCUGCGCAAGGUACACAGGCCUCAUUUUCUACCAUGAAGGCUGGCCCCUGUGUAUCCACGAAAAGGUGGUGGUACAGCUAGCAUCGCUCCACAAAGUACGGCUCAAGCCAGGAGAUUUCUAUCUGCAAGUUGUUGCAGCAGGGAAGCAAUCUGCCAAACUGGUUCUGAAAUGCCUCGCCCAACAUGGACAAGGAAUGGAAGAAGUCACCGUACCUGAAACCAUGUAUGGAUGCAUCUUCACGGCAGAGUUUUUGGAAAAUGUGAACUGCGAGAGGACCAGCUUCCCCUUGCAGAGCUGCUUGCUGACCACAGGCACAGUGGUCUACCGCACCCCAUGGAGCAACAUUAUGAACCCCAUCUUUGUCCCUACGUCUGAAACCAUCCUUCAUAAUUAUCCUGGCAGCCCAGUGCUAAACCGAUUGAGUCGCCAUAAUUUGGAUUCCCGGUCACCCACACACACCAUGGAGAGCAACCAUUCUCGAGGCAGCUCUACCUCCAAUGACACUGGCUGCACGGUCAUGGAGGCCUCACUGUCCUGCAGCCAGGGAAGCUCGGGGAGUGACCUGUCUAGCCCACUCCAUUCCCCUGAAUGUAGAACUGAAUUAGAAAGCCCCAGAACCCCUACUGGAGAUUGUGAAGGAGAGUAUGUAAACCUUGCAGUGUUUGCCCAUGAGUGCCCUAGCUUAGAGAGGGGCCUUUCAGAACCCCCUGAGGUGUGUGAGGAGACAGACAGAGCACUCCAUGUUGAGGAAUUAUCUGACACAGUGGAGGAGAAGAAGACUGGCCUGAGAAAUAUUACUUUCAGCACUGACUUGAGCAGUCCUUGUGCUAGGCGGCGGCCGCUAAGGGAUUCUACUUAUUUUGAGACCAGACGUCUAUUUCGAAAAUCAUACAUGGAAGCCUUACAAAACCCAAUGCACCUUGGCUCCAGCUCAGAAGAGUCAAUAACAGAGGAGAUCUCGGACCAGAUCAUUCAUUCACCUAAAAUGAAUGAUGAGCAAACAGCAGAUGUCAGGGCUACUGCUAAACCAACUCAGAAGGAAAGUUAUCUUUCUGAGAGACUUCUCCCUAAGGAAGAACUAAGAGGAAACAUAAGUCCUAAGUCCUGUUCCCAGCCAUCAGAAAAGCAGCUUGGACCUGUUGGGUCUUCUUUAGUAUCUGGAAGAAGGGCUAGUCCCAGGAGGUCUCAAUCCUUGGAUCGAUCCCACAAAAGUUCCCUAGAUAAAGGCCGUGACCCCCGUCAGGCCUCAGAUGAUUCAUCAAAUGUAAAUCCGAAAAAGCUCUUAAAUGGACAAGCUUUAAAUCCUGAAAAACUGGACCCUAACAACCACUUCUGUAUCACUGCUAAAAGUCACAAAUGCACCAAAGAGGAUGAAGAUGUUCUUCAGAGUACAACUGUAAGAGAUGCAAAUAACAGCUUCCAAAGCCAUGAGUCCGACACAUUUUCAAACGUUUCCCCUGAAUCGCUGCCCUGUGAGAGUGAACCAUUGUCUACAAACACAGGAGACUUCUAUCACAAGCUGCCCAACCAGUUACUUGAAAUCAACCAGGAAUUACUUCAGUCAGGAAUCAUUUCCAUCCCUGGGACCAGAGACCGUAAUGGGAGGGCAGUGGUACAGGUGUGCACCAGAAGUGCUUUCUGGUCAAAGGAGCAGUCUUCAAGCAGUGAGCUCACCCGCCUUUUGAUGUACCUCUACAGCAUCCCCAGGAAGGAGGUGCGGGAUCUGGGACUGGUCAUCUUAGUGGAGGCGCGGAAAUGCCAGCCUGUGCCUGCUUUCUUCAGAGCUGUCACAGCAUUACAGAAUUCUGCACCUCAGUCCAUUCACAGCAUUCUGCUUCUGGUGGAUAAAGAAUCAGCAUUCAGGCCUGACAAGGAUACAGCACUACAGCAGUGCGAGGUCCUGACCUCCCUAAAGGCCCUGCAUAAACUCAUUGACAGCACGCAGCUGACAGCAGAGUUUGAUGGGACCUUUCCCUACAACCACAGUGACUGGAUCCGUUUCCGAAGGAAACUGGAACCAUUUGCUACAAACUGCAAAGAAGCCAUUACUUUUCUACAGAAUUCCGUCUGUUCCCUGAACACAAACAGGACUCUAAGUACAGUGCAAGAGGUGGUGGAACUAAUCAACAAACAUAAGACGAUGAUGAAGCUUGUUCUGGAAGAUGUCCUUCUGGUAACUCUCCGCUUAGAAGGUGGCACAGUCCUUGCCAGGCUCCGGAAAGAAGAUUUCUGUGUAACUGAAGAUUAUAGAGAUGCUAUGGAAGCUAUAACCAGACUAUAUAAUCAAGUAGAUGAAGAGGUCCAUAGGCUAGUCCUCUCAUCUAAUAAGUGCCUUCAGCAGCUGGAGAACCUGCAGGAAUUAAGAAAGCUUGAGGAGGGAUGUAACCAGAUUAAAUUAUGGUUUGAAAAUGAGCGAGAAAAAUAUCUUGGCCCUUUGGAGCUACUUUCUUUGGAGAAUGUGAAGAAAAAGCAGGAAGAAUUUCGGGUAUUUGGUGACAUGGUGAUGCAAUAUUGUAGGAAAGGACUACAAUUGGUGAAAGAUAAUAACUCACCAAACAUGGAAGAAAAAAUUCAGAACUUCAAAAGGUACCUAAAUGACAUCAUCAGUCAAACAGAGAGAAGAAAAGGGGAGCUGGAGAAGUUGGCCAAUCUCUAUGAAUUUUAUGAGACGGCAAACGGCUGGAUGCUCCAUUGCAAUGAGUAUCUUGAACAUCUCUCUCUAGAGACUAAUUAUUCACCAUCAGUGAUAGACUAUUUAAAAAGCUACCACCAAGAAGCUACUAAAAUAUCUGCUGAGAACUUCCACAAAGUGAAUGACAUAGUGCUGGGCCUUGAUAGCAAGAAAGAACAGAAACAGUGGAAUAUUUUAUGGCUGAAGUGUCAGCAGACCAAGCAUCAUUUAGAAGAGGUCCUCUCUGAAGCUAUCCAAGGUUCUGGCAGACAGUCUUUCAGCCAGGGUCCCCUGGAGGCUAGUCCAAAAGUGGAACAUGAGUUUGUCAUUGAAGGUCUGUGGAAACAUGGUCAGUCUCCUGGACUUCCUAACCUUGACAGUAGCCUCUGGGAGAAUAACAGACUACUGCUCCCCCAACGAGCCAGCUUCUCUGGAAUACAGGCUCUUUCAGAGCAAGAGGAGCCAAGUUCAGGUAUGUUUUCUCCUCUUAGCUCAUCACCCUCACCAAGCGUUACUCCACUGUUGGGGGGGCUCCCCAGGACUGGUCCUCUUUUGGAGGAUAUGGACAACAUCUCUACUUGCUACUCUGAACCUAUUCAGUCCCCAACCACCCGGCACAGGAAACACCCUUUCAAAAAGAUCAUGAAGAAGACACAGAGCUUUGAACUUCCUCAACUUGACAGCAGCCCCAGUGAGCUGCACCGGCAUGGAUACACUGGCGUUUACAUAAAAGGACUGGAGGUGGCCAGCAACGUGGCCUCUGAGAAAAAACAUGGGCAAAGGCCAAAUGUUAAGAGCCCGCUGAUCAGUAGGAACCGAAGCUUGUCAUCCCCUUCCAGGAUUCAUCACACUGAGGAGGAAAGAAAGAGAGUAGGAAGCAAUAAAGUGCAGCAUAUAAUGGAUGAAAUGAUCACCACUGAAAGGGAAUAUGUUAGAUCCUUAGGAUAUAUCAUCGACAACUACUUUCCAGAAAUGGAAAGAAUGGACCUCCCCCAGGACUUGCGAGGGAAGCGCAACAUAAUCUUUGGGAACCUGGAGAAGCUCUAUGAUUUCCACUGUCAGUAUUUUCUCAAAGAGCUGGAGCACUGCAGAGACUGUCCCUUGCCUGUCAGCCACUGUUUUCUGAGACAUGAAGAACAGUUUGGGAUGUAUGCACUAUACAGCAAAAACAAACCACAAUCCGAUGCUUUGCUUAGCAGCCAUGGGAAUGCCUUCUUUAAAAACAAGCAGCAAGAUCUGGGUGAUAAGAUGGACCUAGCCUCCUACCUGCUUAAACCAAUCCAGAGGAUGAGCAAAUAUGCUCUGCUGCUAAAGGACAUGAUCAAAGAAUGCACGAAGACUCAGGAGCAGGAGCUCAGUGACCUCCGAGCUGCCGAGGAGAUGGUCAAAUUCCAGCUUCGCCACGGGAACGACUUGUUGGCCAUGGACGCCAUCCGGGGGUGUGAUGUGAAUUUAAAAGAACAAGGGCAGCUGAGAUGUCAGGAUGAAUUUAUUGUUUGUUGUGGAAGGAAAAAAUAUCUGAGACACGUCUUCCUUUUCGAGGAUCUUAUCUUGUUUAGCAAGACCAAGAAGAUUGAUGGGGGAUAUGAUAUUUACAUGUAUAAACAGUCAUUCAAGACUGCUGAAAUUGGAAUGACAGAGAACGUUGGAGACAGUGGUCUGAGAUUUGAGAUCUGGUUCCGAAGGAGGCGGAAAUCCCAGGAUACAUACAUCCUUCAAGCAAGUUCAGCAGAAGUGAAAAUUGCUUGGACAAAUAUCAUAGGGAAAAUCCUUUGGAGACAAGCUCUGAGGAACAGAGAACUCAGGAUGCAAGAAAUGGUAUCUAUGGGAAUAGGCAACAAGCCAUUCAUGGACAUCAAACCCAGCGACGCAGCCAUAAGUGACCGGGCAAUAGAUUACAUCAUGAAGGGAACAGAGUCAAGAUCUAGGGCAUCUAUAGCUGUAUCUUCAUUUGAUCACUCAACACCCUUCAAAAGGCCCCACUCUACCAUCUCCAACAGCAGCACCUCUUCCUCAAGCAGCCAGUCCUCGUCUUCAAUUUUGGGGUCACUAAACCUGCAUGUUUAUUCUAGUCCAUCUUAUUCAGGUCUGCUAAGCCCUCCCUUCUAUCAUUGGACUUAUGACAUUAAAACUUGUAUAGAAGAAGAUGAGCUAGAACAGGAAAUAGGAAGCCAGCCAUCAAUGAUUACCGAGAGUUCUGAGUCAUCACAGUGCACCUCUGGUGAGAGCAUCAGUGGCGUUAGCAGCUCAGCCCACCCUGGGCUGUCUCAGCUUCUUCCAGACACAUUUUCAGAUGAAAGUGCUUCAAAUCCUGGCUCCAAACCCCCCUCCCAGUGCACAUCACCAGCUCUCCCUGGGAAGAAUUCCAGGUUGAAAAAUGAUAGUAAUCAGUAUAUUACAACAAACAAAACCUCUCAUGUAUUAGGCUUCUCAACAGUGGUUUGACUGGCAGGCAGACAUUCACUGUGAUUGAUCUGAACUUGGUGACAUUUGCCACGCAACAAACCAUCUCAAUACUCUUCUGAUCCAGAUAUGGGAAUGUACAUCUCAAGAAGAAAACAAGGACUGCAUGUCUGCUGUAACAUGACAUCAGGAAGAAAGGGAUCAAGGCAGGGUGACAUCUGAUGGGCCAACAGUCCCCACAUUACAAGGAUCAGUAGGGCUGCUUAUACCCAAGAAGUCUCCUUUGAUGAUGAUCACUCCAACUUAGACCUAUACAUCAUUUCAACAUUCACUUUACCCCAGCUCGGCCACCAUUUUGAACCUUUCUAAUCCCUGAAUUUGCUCCCACAUGUCAGGGAGAAGGCUGAAGAGCCUUUAGACUCAAUCCCACCUCAGACUGACCAAAUAUGGGCCUGCCACCCAAAGAAAGGCAACCAGCCCUUCAAGAUGGAAGCAAAGGGACUUGAGUAGUGCUGACAAGUCACAAGGGAGACAGAAAUAUUUCUUUCUUGAAAAGACACAGCCUCUUCCUCUAUUGUGAAGGACACAUAAAUUCAGCCUUCAGGAUCGCGUGGGACAAAGGUACUAUAAACACCAAAAUCACAACUUGGUCCCAGCUGGUGAUGCUUUUGUCCCUACACCACCCAUUUACUUGCCCUUCUGCAUCUUUCAAAUAAUGAUGGACUUAGGUUUUGGUAACAAACUUUUUAAUAUCAAUUUUAAAAUGUUUUGUUAGUAGUGUACCUAACCUGCAAAACCAAAACAUGGGCUAAAUUCUGACUGAAGGAGCGGGUACCUGAAGUGUGCUUCCCAUUGAGUUAAGGGAGCAGAGAUUGGCCCUAAAUAUGUAUUUUUGAGCACAUGUCUGUGUGGGUGUUAAGAACUUUAAAUCUUUUCUUUCUUUUCUAACAAGCUUUCCGUAAAUAGCUUAGGAGGUAUAUUAGAAGUUACAGUCAACUCCUGAUUAUCCACACCAUGGAAGGGAAGCCAAGUGGUGCAAGUGUUUGAAUGCCACUGAAACUCCACAAAACCAGGCCAACAUCAUAACUCCACUUGCCUUGGCCAGUUUUCCUGCUAAGCCAAACUAACAGUGCCAUGCUCCCAACAACACAUGUUUGGAGAAUCUCAAGUUGACUCUACUUGGUAUUGUGCAAUCCUGUCAAGGUAGGCAACCCUAAGGAGUGCACUAACCUCUGAACAAAAACGAAAAAGGUAGAAAUAGCCGGAAGCUUUUGUAAAUAGUAUUUUGGGGCCUCACUUUUAAAUUCCCGUAACUAGGACAAGGUCUUGUCUUUUUAAAAGUAGUAGCAUCUUCUGCAAGCGUCCACAGAGACAAUGUGUAUAGAUAGAAAUGUAUGGACCGUUUUAGAAAAUGAGAAUGAUUUUAGUAAUGGUUUUUUAAAAGUAUUUUCAACCACCUUUUCGGAGAUCAAAUAUGAAAACAUUUCAUUACCUGUCAGCUGUUGAUAACAGUUUACUUUUGUUACUUUGUUUCAAUACAGGCUUGUUUAAUACUUAAAAGAAAUAAACGGAACAUUUUUCUACCAUGUCACAUUUCUUCA